AUGGCCCUAUCCAGUUGUUAUGUUGUUGUUUAUUACAAAGGGGAUGGUAUUCCGUUGAAAGUUUCUUUAGAUACUAUGAUUCGUGACUUAAAAAUAUUUGUUUGUGAUUAUUGGAGAAACUUGACUCCUCGGAGCAUAAGAUUUAUUAGUCGUUGUGAUAAAGCUCUCAUUAAUUGUGAUUAUUCUCUUCAAGGUCUAAUUGUUGUUACUUGUUCAAGGGAAUUGUCAAGUUUUGAUCUGUUUGUUGAGGAGGCUUGUCAUGGUGUUGCUUCUAGCUCUUCGUCUGGUAUUUCCACGCAGUCGCUCAGUGACGAUGAAUCAUGCACUGGGUUCACUGAGACUUCAAAUAUUAAAUACCUGACGGAAGGUCAUGAGCAAUUGAAACCUCUUUUAUCCGAAGGUUGGGAAGAUAUUUUUAAAGGUGUUGGUCAAGUUUUUCAUGGUGGUGUUGAUGAGGUUCGCUUAGCUGUCAGCAAAUACUGCAGCAAGUCUGUCUAUACAGUUGCAAAGGUUAAGAAUGACAGACUCAGGUUCACAGGCAAGUGUGGUAGGAAUGCAGAAUGUCCUUGGUAUCUGCACUGUAUUCCAAUCGAUACCGCUAAAAGUGUCUUUUCUAUCAAGGAAUUCAAUGGGGAGCAUAAAUGUGGUGGUGCUUAUAAGCUGAAGGACCCACCUGUGAAGAAGAAAUUGAUUAAGCAUCUAUUCAAGGAUCAAAUACAGUCAAAUCCUUCGAUAAAGCCUAAUGAUAUGGUUGCUCAGGUGAAGAGUUGUUAUGGAAUUGACAUAAAAUACCAUCAUGCUUAUAAAGGGAAGGAAGCAUCUAAUGCAGAGAUAUAUGGCGAUGAUGUAAAAAGUUAUACAGAUCUUAUUUGGUAUGUUGAAGCAAUAAAGGCUACCAAUCCUGGCAGUUAUAUUAAGUUUGAGUAUGAUACAAAGACUAAACGUUUUCAGAGGCUUUUCAUAUGUUUUGUUGCCUGUAUGGAAGGAUACUGGUUCAUUCGCCCUAUGCUUUACUGUGAUGCUACAUUUCUCAAUGGGAGAUUCAAGGGAAUAGUGAUGGCUGCCACUGGUGUGAAUGGAAACCAAGUUCCUAGAGAAGACAUUGAAGGGUGGGAGUGGUUUAUGGAGAACUUGCAGCAUUGUGUCGACUCUCGUCCUAUCACCUUUAUCACUGAUCGUCAUGAAGGGCUGAAGCAAUGUAUUCCCAAGUAUUUUCCCAACUCUUAUCAUAGUUACUGUUUCCAUCAUUUGAAGAAUAACCUCCCCAUCAAGAAAUCACAUGAGAAGUAUAAAAAAUUUCAAGAUUUGUUCCAUAAAGCUGCAUACUGCUAUAAUGUUGCUAAAUAUGAGUCUGCUUUAAAUGAGAUGUGUAUCAUAGGAUGUGAGUCUUUCAAUAACUGGAUUCUUCCUGAAAGGGAUCUGCCUCCAGCUGCUCUUGUUGAUGAGAUUAGGAUAAAUAUUAUGAGGAUGAGUGCAGAAAGGCGUGAGCUCGGUAGAAAUUAUAGUGAUAGUUUGACUCCCAUCUCGUCCAUGGAGUGUUACGGAAUAUGGAAAGUGUUUGGUUUCCCCUGUGCUCACGCCACUGCUGCUAUUACUAUGAGUGGUAUUGAGAUGUUGAGGUUUGUUCAGCCUUACUUUGGUUCGAAUCGUAUUCGCCAUACGUAUGCUCCUGCAAUUCGACCCAUUCCCAAUUACGACAGGCCAGAAGCGUAUGAACCUGAAGAGAGAGUCCUACCUGGUAUUUCAAGGCCACCUCCAGGAAGACCACCAAAGAAGCGCAUCUGUGGUGUUUAUGAGAAGGAGAGGAGGCCUAUGAAGUGCUCAAAUUGCAAGAAGAUUGGGAACCACAACAAAGCUACCUGUCGUGUAUUAAUGAUGGAGUAG